AUGAAGUUUCCAGAAAGGCAUGAAAGCACCCUGACAAUUCAGGCGACCGGCAGCAGAAACCAGGCAAAACCUGUGGCUGCGGGACCGCCCUACUCUGGGAAAAGCGGAAGACAAGAAAGAAAUGGAGUACUUAGCUUCUGCUGUGCUACUGUAGCUGUGGCUUUCUAUCAGCGUGGCGUCGGGAGGACUCAGUCAAGAGAGGAAGGAGCAGUGCAACGUGCAAGGGAAAGUGCGAGCGAGAGAGCUGAAAUAGGAAAGAAAGAGUGCAGUUUAUGGGAAAGUACGAACAAUCUCCUCGAGUUUGGGUCCGGAACGGGACGUUCAGGAACGACACCCGAGGGGCGACACCGCGCAGUGAGCUACACCAUCACUCACCUCAUGGACGAAGAGAUUCGGGGAAGAGUCGGGGCGCGACGGAAGGUUGCCUACGGAGAGGCGACGGAGGACGUUGGCGAGCAACCGACACAUACAGCGAGGGAGCUCUCCUUGAGCCUCGCUAUUUGGAAGAACUAUCUUAUGAAUGAGUGUGGUCGGACGAUAGUGAUAUCCCUUGUGAUAGAUACUCGCGGAUAUGGACCUGGAUUCGAGUCGCAAGGCGAACGGUUUAUUACUACGAAAAUCGUCAGGAGUGACAUGGUCGCAAUAGUUGCGACUAUGCCCGUGCGGGAAGUGGCGAUCCCGCACUUGUGA